AUGCAUCUCCAGUGCAUCCUUCGUGCAUCCUGUGUGAAUCCCAGCUCUUGUGCAGCCUCCUGCAUCCUCGCGCGUCCCUCAUGCACCCUUCCUGCACCAAUCUUGUGCAUUCCUCUGCAAGCCUGUGCAUUGUGCGUGCUCAUGCAUCCUCGUGCAUCCGCGUGCACACUCAUGCAUCAUCGUGCAUCCUCAUGCAUCCCUGUGCACACUCGUGCAUCCUCGUGCAUCCCCAUUGCAUUCAUGCAUCAUCGUGCAUCCUCAUGCAUCCCUGUGCACACUCGUGCAUCCUCGUGCAUCCCCAUUGCAUUCAUGCAUCAUCGUGCAUCCUCAUGCAUCCCUGUGCACACUCGUGCAUCCUCGUGCAUCCCCAUUGCAUUCAUGCAUCAUCGUGCAUCCUCAUGCAUCUCCGUGCACACUCAUGCACCAUUGUGCAUCCUCGUGCAUCCCCAUGCACCCUUGUGCAUCCCUGCGCAUUCGUGCAUCCUCGUGCAUCCUCAUGCGUCCCCGUGCAUGCUCGUGCAUCAUCGUGCUCCCACGUGCAACCCCACACAUCCCUGGUGCACCCUCGUGUGCGCCGGUGCACACCCAUGA